AUCUGUCCUAAGCGGUUUGGGAUUCUCAUUUGUACUCUUUGGUUCCACUUGGUUGCGUAAAGUAUUGAAGAAAAGAAAGAAGAACAAACUUAAAAAAAUAUUCUUCCAACGGAAUGGUGGUUUCUUACUCCAACAACAAAUUUCUUCAGAAGCUGAUAAUGUUGAGAAAACAAAAAUUUUCAGUGAAGAAGAAUUGCUGAAGGCUACUGACAAUUAUAAUGAGAACCGAAUUCUGGGUCGUGGAGGUCAAGGUACUGUGUAUAAAGGUAUGUUAUCAGAUGGAAAAAUUGUAGCAAUUAAGAAAUCCAAAGGAGUUCAAGAAGAAGGCGUAAUUUCACAGUUCAUUAAUGAGGUUGUCCUUCUUUCACAAAUUAACCACAGAAAUGUUGUUAAAUUGUUUGGAUGUUGUUUGGAGACACAAGUUCCUCUACUCGUUUACGAGUUCAUCCCCAAUGGAACUCUUUGUAGUCACAUCCAUGAUAACAAUGAUGAUCAGUUCCCCUUUACAUGGGAUAGUCGCUUGAGAAUUGCUACUGAAGUUGCAGAAGCACUAGCAUACUUGCACUCGUCAGUUUCUAUACCUAUCUAUCAUAGAGAUAUCAAGUCUACCAAUAUACUCUUAGAUGAUAGAUAUAGAGCCAAAGUGUCAGAUUUUGGGAUUUCAAGGUCAGUGCCAAUUGAUAAAACUCACUUGACUACCUUAGUUCAAGGGACAUUUGGGUAUUUAGACCCGGAGUACUUCCGAACAAGCCAAUUCACUGAUAAAAGUGAUGUUUAUAGCUUUGGAGUGGUGCUUGUGGAGCUGUUAACGGGGAAAAAACCUAUUUCGUCAACUAGAUCAGAAGAAGAGAGAAGUCUAGUUACUAAUUUUAUUUGUUCAAUGGAGGAGAAUAGGCUGUUUGAGAUCCUUGAUGCUCAAGUUGUAAAAGAAGGUAUAAAAGAGGACCUUGAGGCAGCUGUUGUACUUGCCAAUGGAUGCCUGAAGAUGAAUGGCAAGGAAAGACCCACAAUGAAAGAAGUUGCAAAGAAUCUUGAGGGAUUGAAAGGUUCUCCAUCAAAGAAUUUGCUUGUUCAAGAAGUUAACCAAAAUGAGGACUGCAGUAUACGUGAACCAAUUGGCCUAUGGGAUACUAGUACUUCAUUUUCUACAUCAUCUUUUUGGACUAUGGAGACUAGCGCUACAUUUCCAUUAGAUGGCCAGCCAUUACUACUUAAUCCAUCAUCUUACUGCUACUGUGACCUAGGUUACCAAGGGAACCCUUACCUCUCAGACGGAUGCCAAGACAUAAAUGAAUGCGAACAUGAUGCGGAUAAUAAUUGCAGUUACACGGCAAUUUGUACCAAUCUGCCCGGUAGUUACAGUUGCUCCUGUUCACAUGGUUUUCAAGGAGAUGAGAUGAUCCACUACAAUGAGUCGAUAACUGGGUCUAUAUCUGGCUGCAAACCCCCAAAGAAGUCUUAUAAGAAACAGAUCACCAUAGUGUUGGGUCUUGCAGCUUGUGUCCUAGGCGGUUUGGGAUUCUCAUUUGUACUCUUUGGUUCCACUUGGUUGCAUAAAGUAUUGAAGAAAAGAAAGAAAAACAAACGUAAACAGAUGUUCUUUCAACGGAAUGGUGGUUUCUUACUCCAACAACAAAUUUCUUCAGAAGCUGAUAAUGUUGAGAAAACAAAAAUUUUCAGUGAAGAAGAAUUGCUGAAGGCUACUGACAAUUAUAAUGAGAACCGAAUUCUGGGUCGUGGAGGGCAAGGUACUGUGUAUAAAGGUAUGUUAUCAGAUGGAAAAAUUGUAGCAAUUAAGAAAUCCAAAGGAGUUCAAGAAGAAGAAGGCGUCGUAAUUGAACAGUUCAUUAAUGAGGUUGUCCUUCUUUCACAAAUUGACCAUAGAAAUGUUGUUAUAUUGUUUGGAUGUUGUUUGGAGACAGAAGUUCCUCAACUUGUUUAUGAGUUCAUCCCCAAUGGAACUCUUUCUAGUCAUAUCAAUGAUAAUAGUGGUGAAUUCCCUUUUACAUGGGAUAGUCGAUUGAGAAUUGCUAUAGAAGUUGCAGAAGCACUAGCUUACUUGCACUCAGCAGCUUCUAUACCUAUCUAUCAUAGAGAUAUCAAGUCUACCAAUAUACUCUUAGAUGAUAGAUAUAGAGCCAAAGUAUCAGAUUUUGGGAUUUCAAGGUCAGUGCCAAUUGAUCAAACUCACUUAACUACCUUAGUUCAAGGGACAUUUGGGUAUUUAGACCCAGAGUACUUCCGAACAAGCCAAUUCACAGAUAAAAGUGAUGUUUACAGCUUUGGAGUUGUGCUUGUGGAGCUGUUAACGGGGGCAAAGCCUAUUUCAUCAACUAGAUCACAAGAGGAGAAAAGUCUAGUUUCAUAUUUUAUUUGUUCAAUGGAGGAGAAUAGGCUGUUUGAGAUCCUUGAUGCUCAAGUUAUAAAAGAAGGUACAAAAGAGGACCUUGAGGCAGUUGCUGUACUUGCAAUUAGAUGUCUGAACAUGAGUGGCAAGAAAAGACCUACAAUGAAAGAAGUUGCAACAAAGCUUGAGAGAUUGAGAGCUUCUCAAUCGGAGAAUUUAUUUGUCAAUAAAGAAUAUGAACAAGAUGAGGACUGCUUUAUAACUACUGAUCAACCAAUUGGGCUCUGGCCAGAUAGUAGUACUUCAGUUUCAACAUCAUCUUAUUGGACUAUGGAGACUAGCGCUUCAGUUCCAUUAGAUGGCCAGCCAUUGCUCCUUAAUCCAUCUUCUUAG